UACUACUUUGAGCGCCAUCUUGUUUGUAACUCCCGUACGCUGGUGGUAGUUUGACCGAGGGGGGUGUCCGAUUACCCUGCUCCUGCGCCCGCUCCAGUCUGGGAAAGUCUCUCGGCGAUACGCCUCCGAACCCGCUCCUGUCCACCACCGCGCAUGAACAUGAGUAUCGAGACGCUUCUAGAAGCUGCCAAGUUUUUGGAAUUGCAAGCGCUGCAACAACAAAAAGCACGUGACGAUGAGCUGAAGGAGACGAUGCGUGUGAAGCAGCAAAGUCACUCGGAUCAGAACAACAACUUGAAAAUCCACUUUGAUUAUGUUUCCAAAGCAGACGAGCCCAGCAGCGACCCGGCACCUGUCCCGCCCCCUCUGCCGCCCCAUUCCAUGCCCAUCACCGUCAUCCCCAUUCCAGUUGUCGCCCCAAAAUCCUCAGGCUCACCAACUCUGCCUGUUGCGAUGCUCUCCCCGCCAGCUGCUCCCCCUCUGCUCGCCGCACAGAGGGACCUUCAUUCUCCUCACGAGCAAACCGCCGCUGCUCUUCCACGUUCUCCGCAGACCACCCCAGACCACCUGACCUCUGCGGUGACGGCCAACCACAAACAGCCUGCGCAUCAGCCCAUCAUCCACCAGAAUAGCAGCAGCAGUCUGCAGACCCCGCAGCAUCUGUUCCAGCACUACCCAGGGUCCAUCGUCUCCUCUUCCCCGCAGCAGCAGCAGCCGCCGCCGCUCCUCCCGCUUCCUCAAGCGCCGCUGCAGAACGGUGUCAGCAGUCAGGGAAGUCCUCCUGACGCCGGGCGACAGCUCUACCUCAGGAAGCGACCAGGAGGGGCUGGCACAAGAGAAGGUCACAACAAGCUCGAACAAAAUAGGCGAGCGCACUUGAAGGAAUGUUUUGAGACCCUGAAGAAGAACAUCCCCAACAUUGACGAGAAGAAGACCUCCAAUUUGAGUGUGUUGAGAAGUGCUCUGAGAUACAUCCAGACACUGAAGCGUAAAGAAAAGGAGUACGAGCACGACAUGGAGCGACUGGCGCGAGAGAAGAUUGCGACCCAGCAGCGGCUAGCAGGGCUGAAGAAUGAGCUGAGCCAGUGGAUGGAUGUGAUCGAAAUCGACAGAGUGCUGAGGCAGACGGUGCAGCCCGAGGAGGACCAGGCGUCCACCUCCACCGCCUCAGAAGGUGAGGACAUCAUGGACGAUGACAUGGAGGAGGAGCUGUCCCCCAGAGAAGCCUUGCCCGCCCCUCCGCAAGCAGCGAAAGCCGAAGCACACAAGACUCCCACCACUACAGCAGCCACUACCUCGUUCGUCACGCAGCACAUCCCCAUCCAACAGCGAGCGGCUCAGCAGUACCAGCCGCACGCCCUGGUUCCACCUCAGCCGGCGCCCAAGCCAGCCGGCCCUCCCCCCUUCACUACCUCCAGUGCCACCGCCCCGCAGACGCCGGCUCAGACGCAGGUGGCCGGCGUGCCCACGUUACACCCGUCGGUCAUCGCCCACGCCUCCGUGUCCCACCCCUCCGUCAUCCAAGCAGUCAGCCAAGUCAUCCAGGCACCCAAACAUGUGGCCCACCUGGCCCCAGCCACCAGCACCAGCGCCGUGCAGUUGGCACCCACCCACCAGCCCAUCGGCCACAUCACCGUCCACUCUGUGGCCCAGCUGGGGCAGCACCUGCCGGCCCUCUACCCCCAGUCGGUGGCCGUCACCCAGCCCACCGUGCUGAGCCACAUCACACACACUCUCAACCACACGCAGGUGAACGGCACCGGCCCCAGCCCCGCCACUGCCACCAUCGUGGGCAAACCAAUGAUGACCCACCACCCUCAGCUGGUGGGACAGACUGUGCUCAACCCGGUAACCAUGGUGACCAUGCCGUCCUUCCCCAUCAGUACGCUGAAGCUGGCGUGAGUGCAGGAGGACAAGACCCAAGAUUCACCGCCUUGUCCUCACCAGUGACCCCCAAACACAACCCACGAGUCACAGGUCUGCUGAGGUGUGUGGAGUCGACCGAGUCGUCCCUCAAGUGUCUCUGGACCAUCUCCUCAAACGCUCCCGACACAGCCGUGCCCAGAAUUCCAUGUUAAGCUGGAACCCAGCUCUGCGAUGAGAAGCUGGGGCGGGUGUGUGGGGGAGGGGGGUCGCUCUACCCGCCAUAAGCAGCACAUUGACAAUGUGAAUUCAGAGAAGCUCCACCUCCUCUGCUGAGACACGAGCUGUGGGCAAACCCUGGAGAUCACGAUCCAGGAACGGAGCUGCACUCGGCAGCCACGCCACGUUCAUUCUGCAGCAGCGCCUCCUGCCGGCUCCUUCAUUUUGUUUUUGAUCAUGAGUUGCACUUAAACCAAUACAGGACAAUCACAUUUUAUGAACAAUUGAGUUUUGCUUAAUUUUAUAUUAACGUGAUGCAUUUCAUGCCUGUUGGAGAAGAAUGUAAAUGGUGUCUCGAGAGUCAAGGCCUCAAAACUUUUUCCAAAAGAAAAAAAAAAAAUCAGAAUCACUGUGAACAUGAAUUUCUGUCAAUGUGGGGCUGCUGGCCUCGAAAAUCAUCUGAAUGUACUUGUCUAAGAAUUUAUAGAGUAGCAUGCCGCAUCAAGUUCAGUGCUUUAAAAAAGACGUGUACAUAAACGAGAAAUGAUUUUAUUGGCUGCUUGUUCAUUGGGAAGAGGAUUAAAUUUCGAUCUUCUUUUGUUUUUCUUGGGACCAGGGUGGUACUCGGACGUGAACAGUGACGCCUCACUUAGCUUGUGUUUUAUUUUGUCCUCAGACAAUAUUAAAUACUCUAGGUGCUGUUUUAUCCGAGGUCCGUCUCGUUCAAAGUCAUGUUCCCAAAAUAUGCAAAUGACCUUGAACAAAUUCACUACGGACUCGAAAUGUGGUCGAACAAUAUGACUCGAAGCUCACAGGGACAUGGAUACUUGAAUUAAGCAACAAUAAACGUUUGUGUCUUUUCCCUAUGGAGAAAGUUGUAAAUAGUAGCCUGUAAAUGUUGCUGCAUUUAGAUCUCACUGUAUUAUGUAAAGAUGCUGGGAAAUGUGUGACAUCAUGAUUCAAAAUGUUUAAAAAUAUAUACUUAAUAAAUUGUAUUGUUUACACAUUUUUUGUGUGUG